CAGCUGGUGACAGGAAGCAUAGACGAGUGUGCAACAAAGUGUGAGGAGGAAAAAGAUUUCAUUUGCAGGUAUUUUCUUGGUCACUGCGCCUACGCAGAAAUCCUGCUGCUUGAGACGCUAUUAUGUUGAUCACAAGAAAUUUGCUCAGGGAUUUAUCAGUGAAAAUAGGAUUUAAGAGGAAAGAGGAAUUUCAUGGGAUUGGAGUUUGGAAUCUGUAUUUGCUCUCUGUAUCUGAAACCAUAUGGUUUCUUGUUAAUUAGUGACCCCUUUAGAAAAAUGCCCCCAAAGGAAGUUAUUUAUUUUUACACAUGACAUCGGCAGCUAUUGUUCUGAGCUCUAGUUUCUAACAUUAUCGUCGAUAAAUAUUGAUUGAGGAUCAUGUGACUAGAAGUGUCCUAGACCCUAAGGAGCCACAAAGCAUUGAUACAGUGGUCGGUACAUGGGGAGAUAUAUAUAUAUCAGUAUAUAUGAUAGAUUUUUGUGUAGAUACAAAAGCCAGUGCUUGCCCUUUUGAAUUUAUGGUGUAGUCACAGAAACUGGGUAAAAUACAAAAAUUUAAAAAAAAACAGCCAAUGCGAGACAUUGAUAAGUGACGUAAUCCAUACGUGCUCUAUGAAGAUUCAGAGGAAAGAACAAUCCUAAGAGUUGAGAUGACCAGGGAAGGCCUGGGGAGGAGGUGGGAACUGAGCUGGGCUUUGAAGGGUGAGAUCUUAGUAAAUACUGACCAUGCGGGAGGGAUUCUAGGCAGAGGGCAGCACGGCUGGGCACCUGUGAGAGGGACGAUGAAAGGACAAAGUCAGCUGAAGCAAAGGUUCACACAGGAGAUGGGGCAGGAAAGGAAGCCAUGGACGGCUUUGAUGCCAGGCUCAGCGUCCAUGCAGGACUGAGGUACAGUGCAGGGAGGUGUGAGGGGAAGGGAGUAGAAUGCAGAGACAUGGUCAAGGGGAAGUUACAGGAGUCCACGUGGGCCCGCUCAGGAAUGGGUUUAAAGCACUCAGUUGCUUCUUUCCAGCACAAAGCAAGUGUUCUGGCACUUCAUUAAGAAAACUAGUGAAGAAAGAAUAAAGCAGUUGAAACAGAGGGGGAGAAAAAGAGAAAGUUUGGAGGGGGAGAAGGUAAAGGUAGAAGAAAACAAGAGUAGCUACCAUGUUCCUAUGUCCUUUGAUGAUGCUUCAUUGAUACAGUGCCAAGAUGAAUUGGAAGUAACAAAUUCUGAGCUCCUCGAUUCAUCAAGAGAGUUAUCUUUAGUCUCUUCCUUAUUAAUAAAACUUUGCUUUCCUUAAAUAAAGGAAAAGAGUUGUGUUUUCUGAUUCUCUUCUGCAGGGCAUUCCAGUAUCACAGUAAAGAACAACAAUGUGUGAUAAUGGCUGAAAACAGCAAGUUUUCCCCAGUCCUUAGGAUGAGGGAUGUCGUUUUAUUUGAGAAGAGAAUGUAUCUUUCAGAGUGCAAGACUGGAACUGGGAAGAACUACAGGGGGACCAUGGCCAAAACAAAAAGUGGUGUCACCUGUCAAAAAUGGAGCGACAAUUCUCCACACACACCCAAAUGAAUGUAUGCAUUGCAGUGGAGAAAAUUACGAGGGCAAAAUUUCCAAGACCGUGUCUGGACUUGAUUGCCAGGCGUGGGACUCUCAGAGCCCACAUGCUCAUGGAUACCUUCCUGCCAAAUUUCCAAACAAGAAUCUGAAGAGGAAUUACUGUCGUAACCCCGAUGGGGAGCCCCGCCCAUGGUGUUUCACCACCGAUCCCAACAAACGCUGGGAAUUCUGUGACAUCCCGAGAUGUACAACACCGCCACCAUCUUCUGGGCCAACAUAUCAGUGUCUGAAGGGAAGAGGCGAAAACUAUAGAGGGACAGUGGCUGUCACCGUAUCUGGGCACACCUGCCAACGCUGGGGUGAGCAGACACCCCACAAGCACAACAGGACCCCAGAAAACUUUCCCUGCAGAAAUUUGGAAGAAAACUAUUGUCGUAACCCUGAUGGAGAAACAGGUCCAUGGUGCUAUACAACCAACAGUGAAGUGAGGUGGGAAUACUGCACGAUACCAUCCUGUGAGUCCUCUCCAUUAUCCACGGAACAUUUGGAUGCCCCAGUACCACCUGAACAAACUCCUGUAGCCCAGGACUGCUACCAGGGUAAUGGGCAGAGUUAUCGAGGGACAUCAUCCACUACUAUCACAGGAAGGAAAUGUCAAUCUUGGUCAUCGAUGUUACCACACCGGCACCUGAAGACCCCAGGAAACUACCCAAAUGCUGGCUUGACAAUGAACUACUGCAGAAAUCCAGAUGCUGAUAAAAGCCCUUGGUGUUAUACCACUGAUCCGAGCGUCAGAUGGGAGUUCUGUAACCUGAAGAAAUGCUCAGAAACACAAGAGCAGGUCACAGAAUCUCCAACUGCUGCCCAGGUUCCAAGUAUACAGGAUCCUUCUGAAGCAGACUGCAUGUUCGGCACUGGUAAAGGAUACCGGGGCAAGAAGGCGACCACGGUGGCCGGUGUCUCCUGCCAGGAGUGGGCUGCCCAGGAGCCCCACAAACACAACAUUUUCACUCCAGAGACAAACCCACGGGCAGGUUUGGAAAAAAAUUACUGCCGCAAUCCUGAUGGUGAUGUCAAUGGUCCCUGGUGCUACACGACAAAUCCAAGAAAACUUUUUGACUACUGUGAUGUCCCUCAUUGUGCUUCCUCUUCAUUUGAUUGUGGAAAGCCCCAGGUAGAGCCGAAGAAGUGUCCUGGAAGGGUUGUAGGUGGGUGCGUGUCCACCCCACACUCCUGGCCCUGGCAAGUCAGCCUUCGAAAAAGAUUUCCUUCUAGAAGCCACUUCUGUGGAGGCACUUUAAUAUCCCCAGAGUGGGUGUUGACUGCUGCCCACUGCCUGGACAGCUACUCAGGGCCGGCAUCAUACAAGGUCAUCCUGGGCGCACACCGAGAGACCGCCGUUGAAGACAGUGUCCAGGAAAUACAAGUGACCAAGCUGUUCCCGGAGCCCACUCGGGCCGACAUCGCCUUGCUCAAGCUGAGCAGCCCUGCCAUCAUCACCGAAAAGGUAAUCCCAGCUUGUCUGCCAUCCCCAAAUUACGUGGUCGCGGACCGGACAGUAUGUUACAUCACUGGCUGGGGAGAAACCCAAGGCACUUACGGUGCUGGCUUGCUCAAGGAAGCCCGGCUGCCUGUGAUUGAAAACAAGGUGUGCAAUCGCUAUGAGUAUCUGAAUGGGAGAGUCAAACCCACCGAGCUGUGUGCGGGGCAUCUGGCUGGAGGUGCUGACAGUUGCCAGGGUGACAGUGGAGGGCCUCUGGUUUGCUUUGAGAAGGACAAAUACAUUUUACAAGGAGUCACUUCAUGGGGUCUUGGCUGUGCACGCCCCAAUAAGCCUGGUGUGUAUGUUCGUGUUUCAAAGUUUGUUACUUGGAUUGAAGAAAUAAUGAGAAAGAAUUAAUUAGAUGGGAGACAGAGUGAAGCAUCAAUGGAUCUGAAGCUGCAACAUGGGUAGGGAAUUCAGCGUGCUCAAAAAUAAUUGACAGUAAUCAAACUAAGUUUGACACUGUACUUAGCUACCAGCUACUGCCAACCGCAACAUUUGUUUGUAUUGCUGUGGAUAACUUGUUCCUGUCCAUGGACUGCUGGAUUCUGUAAUAAUGAGGCAAUACAGCUAUGACAUUUGCUGAAAAUAAACUCUGUACUUCCUUUGACUUAAUUUUUUGAUUUUCACUGUUUUCAUGCUCUUUGUUCAUCCUACCAGUUGUAAAUAGUGUAACUCUUACAGACCUGAGUGAUUUUGUUCUCUCUCAUAAGGAAGAGAGGAACGAGAAGCCUGUAAGAUGAAUAGAGAAGCCCUAGUAAGUCACCUAUAUAUUUACCUUGUCACACAUCUUUAAUGUCUUUAUUUUUGGCACUGGGAUGAAUGUUUUCAAAGCUGCAGCAUAUAUGGGGAAUCAUGAGAGCAAAUCCUGUUCUUGGGAAUGAAAUCUGUUACUGACAACUUGACUCUAGCCCAGCACAGGAGACCCUGGGCAGACAGCUCUAUUCUGAGAAGUAAACCGGGCAAUGGAAGUGUCAUAACACAAGACCAGCUAAGAGUCUGAAUGGUAUUCUGGGUCACAUAUGAGUCUAGGAAUGGUGCCAAGAGCCUGGAAAGGAGCAACGAACAUAUAUUGAAGGUGGACCAUUUAAUUUCCAUCAGUAAUUGGCUGCCUGGAUAUGUAGUAUACUUUGUCACAUGGGAAGAGUGUUUUACAGUGACGCACGUUCAGAAAGAAGAGAAAGGAUGCCAAUUGAUUUUUCUUGACAAUUUACAUUUUUUUAUUGUUAUCAGAACCCAAAUGUCAACUCAAAAUACAAUUCCAAGGUGAUAGUAUCAAGAAGCAACAGUCAUCUCACAGCAAAGAGAAAAAUGCAAAAGAAACAAAAAUGCAAGGGUGUAUGAAUAAAGGGUAAAUGCAGCAUUACACCCUUAAAGAACUGUGUUUAUUUCAUUGAAAAAUAAAGUAUUCAUAUUCAAUUCU